UAGUCGGAUUUUCGAUUUCGAGCGGGUCAAGUUGUUGCGAAACCGAUCAAAAGUCCGAGAUACGGUGCAGCGGUAGUUUGAUUGAUGCGAUAUGGCCUUUCAAACGGAAAAUAAUCUCCCACCGUGUGUGGUGGCUUUAAAAAACGUUGACGCCCUACUCCGAUGUCCUAUUUGUUUUGAUUUUCUCAACACUUCAAUGAUGACCAAAUGCUCUCACAAUUUUUGCUCCUUGUGCAUCCGCAAAUUCUUUUCUCAUAAGCUUCACUGUCCAGUUUGCAAUACGCAAGCAACGGAACAAGAUCUACGAAACAACCGUUUACUGGAUGAAUUGGUUGUAAACUUUCAAGCUGGAAGACAGCAAUUGUCACAAAGUUAUUUUGACUCUCCACCAAUAUCCCGGACGUACCCCGCAUCAGUCAAAUGCAUAUCACCCACAGACAAAGGCCAGAAGUCCAACAGUUCUGUUGUGAGUCACUUUUUCCAGAAGAGACCCAGAAAGACUCCUGUCAAAGUUGUCCAGACUGGACGGACAGGCUGUGCGGACGACGCCGACCUUUGCUCGACCAAUGUAAAGGAAGAACCCGUUGAUGUGAGGGAAGGCGCACAGCAGGAGGACACAAAAUUGUACGACAACAACACAGAGGAAGAGAUAGCGCAUUCAUCCUCAUCACCACCAACAGAUGUGAAGCCCGUAAUGAAAGUGGAGUGCCCUGUGUGCUCUGUAAGUGUGUCCCAGCCGUUCAUCAACAAACAUCUGGACAUGUGUCUCGCAAGCGGAGAGAAGAAGGGAAGCUUAAGGAGCUCGCUUGGCAAGACGAAGCGCCCGAUGGCAAAGCUGGUGUACAACCUGCUUAGCAUGCAAGAGUUGAAGCGGAGGCUCAAGGAAUGCCACCUAUCUGUCAAAGGCUCCCGAGAUCAGCUGAUCAAAAGGCACAAGGAGUUUGUGCAUAUUUACAAUGCGCAGCGUGACUCGCUCAACCCUAAAUCAGUUGAAGAAAUAGUUAAAGAGGUGGAAGCCACGGAGAGAAUCAAAGCUCAGCUACGUGAUAAGGCCAAACCUAUUAUGGUUAUCUCAAAGAAUCACUCUGAGGAGGAAAUUGAGGAAGUUCACUCAACAUAUAGGAAGCAGCACAGCAGAGACUUCUCUCGGCUCGUUGCUCAGGUUCGUGGUCGCCUGGAUACAACCAGGCAGACUCGGAUAAAGGAGGCGGCGGGAGGUGAGGAUGCGGAGCAAUCGCCUUCGGCAGCUGAAGCUGCAAAAUCAAGGGAUUCCUUGGAUAUCAAAAAUGAGGAGAAAGAGGAAGAAAUUGAGCUUUUUCCCAGAGACAUUUUUCUUUCAAACAGCUCCACGUACAGUGACGUGUCAGUGAGCAGUUCACUUUCAGACAUCUGUGCACCAGAACCUUCCAUAAACGAUGUCACAAAGUUGACGUCUGUCAAAAAGCGGACGUCUCGCUCCCGGGAAAACAUGGAUGCUUCAUUGACCGCUUUGGAGAAACGGCGCCGUAAAACGUGACCAGGGAUUUAUCCAAGAUAGUGAACUAAAGGCUGAACACGUAUGAGACCAAACUUGAUGCAUUAUCAAGAGCAUGUUUGGUUGACGCUUUUUUAACAUUGUGAUUUGUGUGGUUACAUUUGUUACCUUGCAAUCCACUGUACAUAUGUCUAAGUGGCCCUCUGUUACUGUCUCUACGAUGGAUUUUAGUCCAAAUAAAUAAAUAAUAAAUAAAGGAACUGUUAUUGAACCAAUUUCA